CCUUAGAGGGCUCAGUGCUGAUGCCUCUGUAGAAGUCUGUAGACAGUUCAAAUAUCUGCAUUGAGUGUCAGAUGUUUUCUUUCCUCACCAUUGGAGUCUAAUCUUGCCAAUUUUAUAAUAAUUAUUAUCGCUAGUUCGUGUGAUAAUUAUAAUACACGUUGUAAGAGUGUAGCAUAUCAACGCAAUCGCAUCUCAAAGAUAAAACUAUUGGGCUGAUUAUCUCAACGACUCUCAGUUUAGCUCUACAGAUGAGUUCUGUCCAUUAACCACGCCACAGCUCAUCGCGGGCAGGUAGGUAGGGGUUUAAUGCUUAUUGAAGGGAGACCCUAGAGGCAGACUCUCUACCACCACCGACAUCUGAGCUCCCAAACGCAUAGACGGGCAAUGACGAAGCCUCAAGCAUCACGGAAGUCCUCAAAGCCGCCAGAGAAAGGAGAGGCGGGAGCUGUUGAAUGGAAAUGCGAGUGCCCUUGUGCGGAUGAACGCAGGGACGUGCAGAUGAAAGCACAAUCAGAAGAAGUGGAGCCCCAAACCCAAUGCGAGAAAUCCUGGGACAGGUUCAACAUUCGCCCAGACAUCGAUGAGGAGGAGUCUUCGACUCGGGGUCUUCGGGUUCUCAGGUUUAUCCUCCUGGCACUGCUCUUCCUCGCCGUGUUCGGAACGGCGGUGCUCAGCAAGCUGAGUCUGGUGUACUUGGCCGAGAUGAAGAGGGUCGCCAGGCAGGCCGGCGAGCUCGACCAGAACCAGUUCUAUUCCUGGGUCCUCGCCUUCGUUCUCGUCAUCCCCAACAUCUUCAGCUCCAUCCGCUGCGGCCUCCGGCUCGCCUUCAAGAAUUCCGAUGUCUCCAAUCGGAAGAUGAUCGCUCUGAACUGCUUGCUGGAAGGCUUCAUCGGCCUUGGCUCAGCGCUCAUGGCCAUCGUCGUCCUCCCGGCAGAGUCGGCGAACCUUCUCAGCAGCAUCCUCCUCCUUAACGGUGUCACCCUGGUGCCGAGCGCACUGCAGUUCGCGGGCAGGUGGACGCGAGGCAGGAAGCCGCCUCGGACGUCCAAGCUCUUGAGCCUGGCCUCCCUCUGCUGCUGUCUCGUCGCAUUAGCGCUGUCGGUCGCCAAAGCGGCGUUAGUGGCGCCUGACGACGGCUCCACGGAGGCGGGAAGGUUCGCGCACCUGGCGCUGCUGCUGCUGAGCCUGCUGCUCGUGUCCCUGUCGUGGUGGGAGAACUUCCUGCCCGCUGGCUGGCUCCGGGGAUUCCGCGACGCCGUCGGCGAAUCGCGGAACCUCGCCGAGUUCUACGGCUCGCUCGUGCGCACGCUCAUCAUCGUGGCGGUCGUGCUGCUGGACGCGGGCGUCGAGGGCGAGUGGAGGAGCUUCAGCGCCAUCAGCGGCAUCGCGGAACACCGCGAGAGCGUGGCGCUCGCCCUGGCUCUGUUGGGCGUGCAGGCGGGCGCCUCCAUCCUCUGCAAGUGGCUCGCUAACGCCGCCUGCAAGAUCCGCCAGCAGAGGAGCUGCUUCGCCGCGCCGCUCUGCCUCGCCACGCCCGCCGCCCUAGCGGUCGUCUUCGCCCUCCACCUCGCGCUCGACGCCUCGGGUGACUCUCGCUACGACUGCGAGUCGGUCCGACGGUGGAACGGCUCCGAGCGGACGACGCCCGCAGCCGCCUCACUCUUCUAUGACCGCACGGCCGCCACCGUCUGCUCGUUCGUGGGUGCCGGCGAAGACACCGCGGUGGACGCCGUGGCCACGUUCGGCGCCGGGGCGCUGUGGUUCGCGGCGCUGCUGCUGGCGGCGACACCCGCGUUGCGCCCGGAUGGCGCGACGCGCAUGGAGCGCACACGCGAGCUCUUCGUGCGCCGCACCCCGCAGCCCGCGUGUCUCGUCGCGGGGCUGCUGCUCAACCGGCGACAGCAGCAGGAGGAGGAGGAGGAGUUGGUGCUGGAGGAGAGGAGCAACCAAAAGCAAGAGAGGGUGAAGAUCUACCUGUGCGCAACCAUGUGGCACGAGACCAAGGAGGAGAUGACGAAGAUCAUCUCGUCCAUCCUGAGGCUGGACAGGAGUCAGCCAAAGGAUCUCAACGUCGGUUCCCGCGGCGGAGGGAAGAAGAAUGAGAAAAAGGAGGAGAAGAUGAAGACGAAGGAGGAAAAGAAGACAGAGAAUAAGGAUAAUAAAAAUGAGAAAGAACAAGGGAAGGAGGAUCAGGAUGGGAAGAAGGAGGAGAAGGAGAAAAAGAAAGAAGAGAAGAAGAAGAAAACAGAGAACGAGGAAAAGCAGAAGGAGGAGGAAAAGGAGGAGGAAAAGAAGGGGGAGAAGGAGCAGAAUCAUAAGAAGGAGGAGAAGACGGUGAAGCGGGAACCGUACGACUUCUCGGCUCACAUCUACUUCGACGACGCCUUCGAGAGGAAGGGAGAUCGCAUGGUGGUCAACCAGUUCGUGACCAGCCUCACGGACGUCAUCGCCGAAGUGUGCCGGUAUUUUGAGAAAAACUCGAAGAAUUCACAAGAGGCGCCCUCAAUGGAGAGGACUCAGACGCCGUACGGAGCGCGACUCUCCUACAAACUCCCGCACGGCAACUCGCUGUGCGUGCACCUCAAGGACAAGGAGAUGAUCCGCCACCGCAAGCGCUGGUCCCAGGUAAUGUACUUGUACUACCUCCUUGGCUGGAAGAUCUACCGCAAGAUCCACACAGUUAAGAAAGAUGAACAAGAGGAAUGGGUGGAGAGGAAGAAGCGCAACACCUACGUGCUGGCCUUGGACGGAGACACGGACUUCUACCCCUCGGCGCUCUCCAUGCUGGUCGACCGACUCACGAGGGACCCCACCGUUGGCGCCGCCUGCGGGAGAAUUCACCCGACGGGCGUGGGGCCGCUCGUCUGGUACCAGAAGUUCGAGUACGCGGUAGGACACUGGCUGCAGAAGACGGCCGAGCACGUGCUGGGCUGCGUUCUCUGCAGCCCUGGCUGCUUCAGCCUCUUCCGAGCCAAGGCCAUCAUGGACGACAACGUCCUCAAGACCUACACCACGGUGGCCACCGAGGCCCUGCAGUACAUCCAGUAUGACCAGGGCGAGGACCGCUGGCUGUGCACGCUGAUGCUGCAGCAGGGCUGGCGCGUUGAGUACUGUGCCGGAUCGGACGCCUACACCAACGCCCCGCAGGAAUUCAAGGAGUUCUUCAACCAGCGGAGGCGUUGGGGCCCCUCCACGAUGGCGAACACCUUCAGUAUCCUGGAAAAUGGCAUCCGCACAGCCAAGAGGAACCCGUCCAUCUCUCGGCUCUACAUUCUCUAUCAGAUCAUCUACACGGCCACCUCCAUCAUGGGUCCGGCCACCGUCUGUCUCAUGAUUGCAGGUUGCUUCACCUUCGUUUUCAAAAUCGACCAAAACUGGGCACUCCUCAUCGCCAUCGUUCCGCCCGCUCUGUACAUCGCCGUCUGCUUCAAAACGAAGCCCGACACGCAGAUCAAGGUGGCCAUGGUACUCACCGUGAUCUACAUGUUCCUCAUGACGGGCACGCUGCUCGCUAUGGUCGGCGACAUUGUCAAGAACGGUAUCCUCACGCCCAGCGGCAUCUUCUUCAUCACUCUCGCGGGCAUCCAUCUCAUCGCCGCGGUGCUGCACCCGCGCGAGUUCUCCUGCAUCGUGCACGGAUUCUUGUACCUCAUCUGCAUCCCCACGGGAUACCUGCUGCUGCUCAUCUACUCGCUGGUCAACAUGUACAAUGUAUCAUGGGGCACGCGUGAGACCAAGGCGCCUUCUGAGCCCUCCCCCAAGGAGCAGAAGAAGAAACGCAAGCAUCAUUGCAAUGGAACGAGAUGCUGUGUGCUGCCACUCGAGUGGGACUGCUUCCAGUGGAGAAUCAGCGUCUAUCCGAAGGAAUACUCGGCGCUGAGUCAGGAGGAAGACAGUUCAAGCCGAGUGGAGUCGUGCGCAGUGGAACUCGACGGAGAGAUGAUGCUGCGUCCACUUGAGGCCAGACAACAGGACACCACGAGCACUCAGAUGGAGCAUCCAAAAGGAAUAGAGAGUGAGGAGAGACGACAGGGCAUCGCGAGCACUCGGACGGAACAUCCAGAAGAAGCAGAGAUCGAGGCGAGAGGAGAGGAUGUCGCGACCACUCAGAUAGAGCAUCCAGAAGGAGCAGAGAUGAGACCAGAGGACAUCGCGAGCACUCCGACAGAUCAUCCAGAAGGAGUAGAGAGUGAGGAGAGACGACAGGGCAUCGCGAGCACUCGGACGGAACAUCCAGAAGAAGUAGAGAUCGAGGCGAGAGGAGAGGACGUCGCGAACACUCAGAUGGAGCAUCCAGAAGGAGCGGAGACAAGACCAGAGGACAUCGCGAGCACUGAGACGGAUCAUCCAGAAGGAGUAGAGAGUGAGGAGAGACGACAGGGCAUUGUGAGUACUCGGACGGAACAUCCAGAAGGAGCAGAGAUCGAGGCGAGAGAAGAGGACAUCGCAAGCACUCAGACAGAUCAUCCAGAAGGAGCAGAGAGCAAAAGUCGACCUCCAGAGGAAUCAGACACAGACCUCGCCCUCCAUGCCAAAGGGCGCCAUGACCUCGUGUGGCAGCGCCACCAGAAGAUGCAGCUCAUGUUUGAGAAAGUUCUGCCUCAGGGUUACGUCAUCAUGCAGAGGUGCAGCCUCGAUCAGGAGGAAGAUGAGUUCUGGAAGAGCAUGAUCAGUGACUACCUCAAGCCUCUGGAGGAAGACGACGAUCACAGGAAGCGCGUGAAGCAGGAACUCUUCGAGAUAAGAAACAAGGGCACCUUCGUCUACUUCAUGAUCAAUGCACUGUGGCUGGUGGCGACCCUGGCACUGCAGUUCGUGGGAGCCGACCUCUACAUCCACAUCCCGAGCAUGAAGAACGAGGGGACGGUCAUCGACGUGCCGCCCCUCGCCUUCAUGUUCCUCAUCAUCUUCUCCAGCAUGCUCAUUGUCCAGUUCCUGGCCAUGCUUUACCACAGGUUGUUCACACUGCUGCACGUGCUCUCCUACGUGAAGUCGUCGUCGUCAGGCCAGCAGUCAGGGAGGGGUGCUGUUGGCCAAGACAACAAAGCAUUCGUCAACGAUGGAGACGACAAUGACGACGGUCAGCAGUGCCGCCUCGGAGAGAUUGUCUAACAGAUCCCUGGACCCCCUCCUCGCACACUGCACGUGGACCCCCUACCCAUGCACGUCGUGGUUUAUCAAUGACGGUGCGGUCGGUAAAGGUGCAGCCCUGCAAGAUGCUUCCCUUGUUGCCACCACCGGCAGAAGGGCCUCUUGCUACACGGAGCUCUAGAGAGAGCCCUCUCAAGUGGUGUAUUAGGCCUACGCUUCCAUGCUGACCAGAUGUCUUGGUAGAGGUGGGAGUUACCCACGCUUUACCCCACCACCGCACGUGACCUGCCGAUCGAUCAACUAUGCUGUAUCCAUUUACACAGCUGGGUGGACAGAGGCAGCGAGAUUUAAGAAGCUUGCAGCGUCGCUCCAACUGUCAGGCCUGGAGAUCGACCUCUAGAUCGCAAGUGCCGUGACGUGUUCAUUGCAGCAGGGCAGCCUCUCAUUACAAUAGAAUGCAGUCAAGAGGGCUGCUGUACAACAACGGUGGACAUCCCUUGUGAUUUCAUCGGCUGAAGCAAAUGUAGGGGCUUUGAAGAUGCUCAUGGCCACGGACAGAGAAGUCGCUUCUAUGUAGUAGUGGUCAGAUGAAGGAAACGUCCUGUUGUUGUUUGUAUGUUGAACUUAUUUUGCAACGCACUUAGCCAACCAUGCUAUCGGGGAUGUAAACAUCACCCCCACCUAGACUGCCCCGUUAACCAUAGCAGUUUAUCAAAUCACAUUUGUAUGCCUGAUUAAUUUAGAGGUCGAGCAACCCACAUGGGAAAUCUUGUUUUUCGAAAGGUUUCUCAACCAAACAACACAGAAAACGAUUCCUCGUAUCGCUUUAAUAGACUUAUGGAGCUGUUAGUGAGCACCUAAUAACGGCCGGCACAGCACACAAGGUGGGUGGCCAGCACUAAGUCAAACUGCAUUGCCGCACCAGGUUCUCAUUUGAGGCUGAGUCGACCUAGAGGAGGCCGAGAACCGGUUUAGAUAAUCGCCACUAUUGUUGGUGGCCAUGGGUGGAAGUCGAACUAGCGUCCCAAGGUUCAAAUACUUGUGCAGGGCUAUGAAGAUGAGUUUUAUUCCAUGUUCAUUGAUGGUCAGAUAUAUAUGCCUACAUAUAUUUUUAGAUAUUUAUAAUACUCUUUGGUUCUUUCGGUAAAGUCACGUAGGUAUAACAUAAAAUAAAUCACGACGUUUCGAUUGCAACACAAGCAAUCAUCAUCAGGUGGGAAAACCACAGCAAGAGAAAAUGUGGCUGAAGUGGGAGAGAGAUGCUGUGGUAAGAGGUUAUAUAGGUAAGAAAGGGGG